AACAGUCUUAGUAUCCACUAGGAGGUUUCUGCAGCAUUCUUUUUUAGUUUCCACUUUUCUAUUCUUUUAAAAUUUUAAAUCUUCAAAAAAAUAAUACUUAAAAUGAAAGCAUUCGUAAUUGCAACAUUGUUCGUCGCCUCUUGCUCUGCAAGCUUAUAUGGCGCAAUUUCAACUCAAUAUCAAGCUCAAGACGGACUUGGUGGAUACUCAUAUGGUUAUUCAGAUCCACUUAGCACCAAGCAUGAAUCAAAAUCACAUGAUGGAUCACUCCACGGUGGAUAUUCAUAUGUAGAUGCUCAUGGUCAUGUUCAAUCAGUAAAAUAUGUAGCUGAUCCACAUCACGGUUUCCAAGUUGUUUCAGCAACAAAUUUACCAAAAGGCCCAGCACCAGUUCAUGCUGUUGCUCCAGUAAUCGCUCAUCAUGCUCAUUGGGAUAUCCCAGCUUAUGCUCCAGUUGCUCCAUCAAAAACUUAUGAAGUUCUUGCUGCUGAACAUGCUCACUUUGCCGCUCAUGCUGAAGCUAAGGCAAGAUUACAUCAUCAUCAUAAACGAUCAGCUUAUGGACCAGUCGACACACCAGAAGUUCAACAUGAAAAAGCUCUCCACUUUGCUGCUCACCAACGUGCUCUCCAAGGCUUACCAGCUAAUCCAUUGGUCUAUCACCCAGAAUUGGCAUGGAAAGAUAACCAUCAUGCUGCCCCAAUUGUUUCAGCUCACUACAAUCAUUAUGCACAUGAAGCAGCACCAUUACCAGUUAACGGAGUUCCAGUCGACACUGCUGAAGUUCAACAUGCUAAAGCUGUCCAUUUCUCAUUAGUUGCUGAUGCUAAAUCCAAACUUUCCCACAGCGGUGCACACUACGCUCCAGCUCACUAUGCACCAGUUCAUUAUGCUCAAGCUCAUGAUGAAUGGAAAUCACAAAAUGUUUAUACCGGACCAUAUCAUUAUCCAACAAUCCACAAUGGUGUCCCAGUCGAAACCCCAGAAGUCAAACACGAGAAGGCAAAGCACUUUGCUCUUGUUGCUGAAGCUAAGGCACAACAAUCACAUCACGGACAUUAUGGACAAGAAGAUGAUGGUUCAUAUGACUCAAGAUACGAGAAAGAACAAAACUGGUAUUAAAUUUUAAUUAAUUACUGAGAAUUGAACCUGAAACCUCCUGCCAUUCAGAACUGCUCUUUCCACUCCUUUACUAAGAUUAAUCUACUUUAAACUAUCCUUACUUCCUCAUUCUAUAAAUGUGAAAAUCAUUACAUUUCUCCAUAAAUUACGAUAAUUUCUUAAUGACUUCCAUCCACCUUAUUCCAAUAUGCUGCUCUGUCAAUAACUGCAACUUUAAAUUAUCGUAACAGUUUUGUAAAACAAUAGAUUUUCACAUUUUUAAAAUGACUUGAAACCAAAACGUCCAAUCAUAACCGACCGCAUUUUAAAUGGAUUAAUUGAAUAUUGGAUUGUAUAAAGACAUGCUUAUGAAUUAUGUCUGUAAAUAAAAUUACCAAAAAAAUGAGAAUUAAAAAAAA